CGGGGCUCGGUCCGCCGCGGCUUUCACUGGGGUGGGGGCUGCUGGCGUGCAUUUCCUCCCCAGGCGGUUCGCGGCUCCGGACCCCACCCGCAGGCCGGGCUGGAUGGCCUCGGUCGGGGGCCGGGCGCCUCCCCGGUGCCCAGGUUUGCGCCGAAGGGUUUUGCCUGUUGGUGCUGUGCAGCUCAGGCUGGACAGUGCCCGCGGUGGGGUGCGUUUGUGACGGCCGAAGCAUCUGUUCCCUCGUAGAAAGCAAAUUUAUCUCCAGGAGCUGCUGAGCAGUGCAAGUUCGACAGAUUUCUUUAUAGGUUCUGAGGGAAUCCUUGAAAUUCGAUGUCAUCCUAUGUCCAACCAUUCCUUUAUUUUCGCUUUGCAGCUCCUAAAACGUUUUUUGUUCUUCAACUGGUUGCGUUUUUCAUCUUUUUUGAGUCCUGGCAGCAGUAGUGUUGUUUCUCAAUCUCAUCCUGCCUCGGCAGCUUUGACUGUGGUGUUUCUAAAGUUCAUUUUGGUGUACAACAUACACCAAAACAUUGCAGGAUUGCUUUGCUGUGUUCUUAAAUGCUUUUUCUUUUUUGAUUCAUGGCAGUAGUCAGAGGCAGAAUCUGCUGUAGUUGUGCGUGAAGGGCGGGCUGCACCGGGGUGUGACAGAUAGCCUCGGUGCUGCUGUAGAACGCACACAGAGAAAACCCUGAUUCUUAGCAGCCUCUGGAAUACAUUUCUCGGGCCAUAGGGUUCUUAAACACGGUUCACUGCGUAGUUUCUUUUUAGAGAGGAUCUGCUAUGUGUAGGGUGUUUUCUCCUAAGCCUAACUACAGGCUCUUAAACACCUCUUCCUUUAAUUUAUCUUAACCUGUACAAAAAGUUUCGUUCUUGGAUAGCUACUUUGUAUCAUUUAACUCUUUGGAAUAAUGACUGAAACCUGCACUGGAGCUAAAUCCACGAUGUCAAAUAAGGAGGUGAAGGCAGCAUUAAAGAGUGCUAGAGAUGCAAUAAGAAAUAAACAGUACAAGGAGGCCUUAAAACACUGCAAGGCAGUCUUGAAGCAAGAAAAAAAUAACUACCAUGCUUGGGUAUUCAUUGGCCUGGCAGCUGCUGAGUUAGAGCAGCCUGAUCAGGCCAAAGGAGCAUACAAGAAGGCCAUCGAACUUGAACCAAACCAGUUACUGGCAUGGCAGGGAUUAGCAAAUUUGUAUGAGAAACCCAACCAAACAGAUGUCAAAGGAGACUUAGCAGACGUUUACCAAAAACUCUUGGAACUUUAUGAAAGUGGUGACAAGCAGAAAUGGUUUGAUAUAUGUAACAAGCUUGUGGAACUAUACCAUCAAGAAAAGAAAUAUUUAGAGGUGGCUGAAACUUGGCAGAAACUAAUAAGGAUGAAACAGGAGGAAGGUGCAGAAAAGGCAGAGCUUUAUCAGCUUUGGAAGAAGAUGAUCCAGUUACUGAAAGACAGUACAAAGAACCAGGAUAAUAAGACUGGGCAGUUGCUUUUGACUGCAUUCGAACAUGCACUGCACUCUGCUGACACUGUUCCUGGUGAAGACCACCAAAAUCUUUACAAAGACUUCAUACAAUGCUUGUCAAAAUUUCCUCAUGAAGUCGCUAGAUUGGAAAAGGCUUGUGAUGAUAUGAUGGCUUUGUACCCUACUAUGACUUACCCUUUGGAAGUACUUUGCUUGCACUUUGUUCAGUCAGGUACUUUGUCGGAAAAAGGCCUGCACUGUUUCUCGAAACUUUUGGAGAUGGAUGCAAGCAGUGGUCCAGGCAUCAUUGGCUUUGGUAUAAAAUGCCUCAAAGAAAAUAAAUACAAGGAGGCUGUUAAAAGUCUUACUGAAGGUUUGCAGAAGACUAACCAGUGUCCAGCAGCAUGGUAUUAUCUAGCAGAGGCACAGAUGAAAAUCCAUGAUCACAGGAACGCUGUCCUGUCCUGCAAUCAAGCUCUUGAGGCUCUUGGAACUCCUGAGGGUCCUAAUCUUCGGUGGAAGAAUCUUGCCUUUCAGCUGAAAGCAGAGACUUUGAUUAAAAUAGCUGAUGCUGAUGCUGCAGAAGAAGCCAUUAAAGCACUUGAGCAGAUUGUAGAUGGAAGCAGUGAUCCAGUGAUUUCAGCUCUCAGGGGUCAGGCUUAUCUAAACAAAGGUUUAAUGGAUCAGGCUGCAAAGGUUUCACAAGAACUUCUCUUGUCCCACCCUGAUCUGGCUGAGGCCCAUGCUCUAGAGGGUUUCAUCCAUUAUUCCCAAAAGAGCUAUGACCAGGCAGAAAAAAGUUUUCUAAAUGCUAUUGAAAGAAAGGCUGGAACUGCAGAGUAUCAUCAGUACCUGGGGCUCACAUACUGGUUCAUGGGCAAUGAAACAAGAAAAGACAAAGGAAAAGCACUCACUCAGUUCUUGAAGGCUGCAAAAUUGGACAGCUACUUGGGAAGUGCCUUUUGUUAUCUAGGUAACUACUACAGAGACAUUGCUGGAGACAAAAGCAGAGCUCGUGGUUGCUAUAAAAAGGCUUUUGAACUGGAUGAGACGGAUGAAGAAUCUGGAACAGCAGCUGUCAAUUUAAGUGUGGAACUUGGAGACAUGGACACUGCUCUGUCAAUCCUGAAUGAGGUAACUGAAAAAGCAAGACCUGGUACAGCAAAAUGGGCCUGGCUUCAUCGUGGACUUUACUACUUGAGAACUGGUCAGCCGUCACAAGCAGUGGCUGAUUUGCAGGCGGCUCUCAGGGCUGAUCCAAAGGAUUCCAACUGCUGGGAGUCUCUAGGGGAGGCUUACUUCAACAGAGGUAGCUACUCAACAGCUCUGAAAUCCUUCAGGAAAGCAAGUGAGCUGAAUCCAGGACUUGUGUACAGCAUUUACAGAGCUGCAGCACUUGAGCAAAUUCUAGGCAAAUACGAAAAUGCUAUAGCUACUUAUCAACAAAUACUAAAGAAGACAGAAAACUAUGUGCCUGCACUGAAAGGACUUGGUGAGUGUUAUCUCAUGCUGGCAAGAUCAGCCCUUGAUAACUAUUUGGAUAGGAAGGCUGUGGAUUACAUAGAGCAGGCCCUUGCAUAUUUUACAAGGGCAGUAAAGCACCGUCCUGAUGUAUCUUGCCUCUGGAAACUGUUAGGAGAUACCUGUACUAGUGUACAUGUUAUUUCACCAGCCAAAGUGAAUGUUCAAGUACUAGGAUCCCUUCUGAGUAAAAAUGAAACCAAACAGGUGCUGACGAAAAAUGAGCUUCUCAUACUGGGAGGAAGGUGUUAUGGCAGAGCUUUAAAAUUGAUGUCUUUGCCAAGCAUAUGGUGUGAUCUUGGAAUAAAUUAUUAUCGCCAAGCGGAGCACCUCACAGCAGUGGGCGCUGACAUGAAUGAGAUCAGUGAACUGUUAGAGAAGUCUUUGCAGUGUCUCAAAAAAGCUGUGAGACUUGACAGCAAAAAUCAUCUUUAUUGGAAUGCGCUUGGUGUAGUUGCUUCUUGUAGUGCUGUUGGGAAUUAUGCUCUUGCACAACAUUCGUUCAUCAAAUCUGUUCAAGCUGAGCAAAUUAAUGUUGUUGCCUGGACCAACUUGGGGGUUUUGUAUCUGGCAACUGGAAACAUUGAGCAAGCUCAUGAAGCCUUCAAGGUAGCCCAGUCUCUGGAACCUUCUUACCUCUUGUGUUGGAUUGGACAGGCUCUUAUUGCAGAGACUGUAGGCAGCUAUGAUACUAUGGAUCUCUUCAGGCACACAACUGAACUCAGUAUGCAUACUGAGGGAGCAAAAGGCUAUGCCCACUGGGUAUGUUCAACGCUGCAGGAUAAAGCCAACAGAAACACUGAACUGUAUCUGUACAACAUUGUUCAAAUGAAUGCUAUACCAGCAGCCCAAGUGGUCUUGAGCAAAUAUACAGAAAGAAAUCCAGAUGAUGCUUCUGCUUUCGCAAUGUUUGGGUUUUUGAAUGAGUAUCUGGAUCUAAAACAGCAGGCAGCCUAUGCCUAUGAGAGGGCAGCUACACUGCUGAAAAACUCAGAGGAUACUGAGAAAUACAAUAUAGCAAUGCAAAACUAUGGCAGGUCACUAUGUGCUCUUGGGCGCUGUGAUGAGGCCAUUGAAGUUUACACAUCAGUACCCCUAACAGAGUUUGAUGGCAUUGUGGGGCUAGCGUUAGCUUACUUCAAGAAAGGACUCUUUGAAGAAAGUAUCAAAGCCUAUGAAAAAGCCUUGUCUGUUGCUGAGUCUGAAAAAGAUAAAGCACAUAUCCUGACUGCCUUGGCAAUAAUAGAAUAUAAACUGAACAAAGUGGAUGCUGCAAAGACACUGCUGUUUAAAUGCUCAUUAAAGGAACCUAGUACGGAAAGUCUGAAGGCUUUGUGCACACUGGGAUUGGUAAAGCAGGAUGUAACACUUGCAACAGCAGCCCUAAAAGAAUUACUAAAGCAUGAAAAAGGGAAUGAUGGGAUUUAUGAGAGGUGUCUCAUUGCAUCUGCUGUUUAUGCAUUACAAGGUAGAAAUGUGGCAAUCCAGAGGGAAGUCUCCAAAGCAAUACACAGUUACCCUGAUAAUCCUGCCCUUUGGUCUCUUCUGUCACGACUAGUUCCACUGUAUGCAUCAAAAAAGCCAAAAGGAGGAGCUGUAGCAGGAAGUGUUGCACAGACGCUUGAUGUAAACUGUGGAAAGGAAGUCCUGCUGAAUAUUGCAGUUAAUCAGUUGGUAGCAGGAUGUCACAUGUUAGAAGAUAAGAAAAACAAUCCUCUGAAAAAUAUUCAGAAGGCCAUCCACGUCUGUCCAGAUAAUCCUGUUGCUUGGGCAGUGCUAAUGGCAGCCUGUCAUGCUGAAAACACUGUUGUCUGUCUAAACAACACUGAACCGAAACGAACAGGCCUAGAGAUGACACUUGUGUCUACAGUUUCAGCCAAAACUGGAGAAAGUAAUCUUCCACAUAAUUAUGUCCGUACUCUUGAAGACUGGUGUCUGUGUCAAGCUAUUACCAGUCUAGGGGAGACUGGUAAACUGUCAGAAGCUGAAGCUCUUUGUAACAAGGGUUUAAAAAGCUGCCCUGAGCACCCAGCUCUAUUUUUGCUUCUGAGACAAGUUCAGUGCAAGCAGUUGUUGCAGUGUCACAAAGAACUUCCAGACAACAUCCUGGAGGAACUUCGCAAGACAGUCAUGUCCAGUUCAUCCUCAGCUGCGGCCUGGCAAUGGCUGGCAAAAAUAUAUCAGUCUCAGAGAAUGAUGACUGGAGCAGAGAUAUGUUACAGAAGGAGUCUGCAGUUGGCAUCACAGCAGGGCAGCUGGAACGGGACGUUAUCCAGUCUGCUCAGGCUAGCUAUGCUCGCACUGGAAAUCUGCAUGGCUAAUGUUUCAAAUGAACACUGGCCAUCCUUGGUUCAGGAGGCAACGACUGAAGCUUUGAAACUUUCUCCUUGCCCUUUGGCAGCUCUCCUUCAAGCCCUACUACAAUAUAAUCUCAAAAUGGGAGCAAGGGAAACUCGGCGAAUGUUGGAGAGAAUUGUUUACCAACCAGCCAAUCCAGAAACCAUAGUGUCAGUGGCACGCUGGUACCUCCUGCAACAUCUGUAUGCCAAAGAUGAUUGUGAAUUAAUAGAUGUGCUUAUAGAAAAUGCCAAAGCUAAUGGAGAUGUUAGAGCUCUGGAACUAAAUGAGAAAUUAUCAUCAAGUGCCUAGAAUGGACUAUCUCAAGCAAAAUACUCUUAUGUUCAUCCAGUUGAAUUAGUUCACCUUCCAGAAGCAUAUAGAGUUUGGGCUGUUUUGUUUAUUGUGUCUGAUUUAUUUUUUUCUGUUUCAUCAUCUGCAGCCUUGUCUUUAGUUUUGCUUUUUCGUGAACAAAAGUAGGUUAUUUUCAUGUGGAGUUACACACAUAAAAAUCACAUUUAUUUUGAAAAGAAAAUCCUGAAAUUUGCUUUUGUUUGCUUCCCCCACUUAAACUUUGUUGCUAUUCACAAUAGAGUAUUUCCCCCAUAACUUAUGUAGCAAACAGAAUUCCCCUUUAUCUACUCAUGCGUCUCUGUCAGGUCUGAGGGUUCUUGGGCUCUGAUACCUCCUGGACAGCAGCUGGGGCCCCCUUCUCGGAGUGCUGGCAGGAGUGGGGGCAGGAGCUGGGUGUUCUUUUGGUGCAGGGGUCUUCCAGAUGCCUUCUGUCCCAUCUGGGUCACAAGAACUGAUGCCUUGUGAAGGCUGACCUAGAACAGAGACUAGAUGGAAUUAAAGAAUAAAGUAGGUAUUUAUUGGAAGGCCUCAGUGGAUACACCUUGGGCAGUACAAGAGCCCAGCCAGGCUACACCCCAGAUGAACCCAAAAUGGUCACAAAACGGAUGACUGGUCACGAGGUCUCACACUUUUAUAAGUUCUGGUCCAUUAGCAUAUUGGAGUUAAUUGUCCAGUUACAGCUUUAGGUUAUGAAGUCCCAUCUUUCUUGUUUUUCUGUCUUCAGUCCACAUCUAUGUUCUUGGGCCUGAGAUUUGGGUGGUUGUCCUUGGUUCCUGGCUAGGAAAGGAAUUGUUUUGUCUAGCUACUCUGUGAAGAGAGCUCACCAUCCCUUAAUAUGAAGCUCAGAACUACACACUAAAGUGACGCUGGCCGGGGGCUAUUUACAGACACAAACAGGAUGGGGCUGCUGGGAAAGUGCCUCGAGCUAUUUAUAUUUUCAGCAUCAGUCUCAUUACAUGAUUAUGAUAAUGGAAAGAUGCUAACAGCUCGCAAUCCAGGCAGCAGGCCAGAAAACUUAAUGUUACAACAUACUUUAUAAGCUUCUUGACCAAUCAUACAAAGCAAAAGCAUAUUGACAGUAUUUCUACCCAAUCACCAGAAGGACUCGUAGCUUUGGUUAAGACAAUGCUUGCUUAUUUCGAAUACAAUACCCAUUUGUAAGACACAACGCACAGAGCUCCAUUAUUAAGCUUUAACCUUCCUAGUAUCUUGCUAGAUAAACUUUCUGCAGCUUAAAAAGCUAUUCAGACAAGCAUUAAUACAUAGGCUGAUUGUUCUAUCUGACCUUGCCUUUUCUACAGUUUAAAUAGUUUUUCUGGUGACCUAUCUCAUGACUGUUGCUUUAGCACUGUUCACAAUUCUACUGUAUCUAAAGCCUGCCUUUUGCAGCUUUCCUAAAACCCUCUAAUUUUAUAAAUUCCCACAUAAAGCAGCACAGAAUCUGAAAAAUAUAAAAGCUAAAACCUGAGGCAUCAUUUGGACGCACACAGAAGUACAAUUAUUAACUCCACUGGCAGGUUUUCUUGGCACAGAAUCUUAAGGGCUGGGUAGCAGACAGCUGUCAUUUCUUGGUAACUCAGCUGCUGAUUGCUUAACUGGAUGAUAUAUUCUUCAGAUAUGUUAUUUUACUUUUAUGUACAUGACAAUAAAAAAUAAAUAAAGCAAUGACUCUGACCUGUGAAAGUUACCAUGAGGAUGUUCACUCUGUUGACGGGAGUCAUGAUAGCAGUCCAUUUUCUUGUUUAAAUCUUCUUAAAGUUUCUGUCCAGCAGAGUCUUAACAAUGGCUUGUAAGAUCCCGUGUUACAGGCAGGAAAGGGCACUUCAAAAGUGUG